UUUGACGAGCCUCCCAGCGCAGUAACCGAUCCAAACUCGCGAAUUCGAAGUCAUGACGCUCACCCACGCCUCCUUCGUAGCCGUCGCUGUGGCCCUCUGCCUGCUGGGCUCCAUUCAUGCCCAGCCCCAGCGUGGACUGCCUCCGCAGCGCGGCAACUCCUUCGAUGCGAAUGCGGUGAUCCUCAAGCAGAACUUUGACCUCAAUCCCGAUGGCUCCUACCAGUAUAACUACGAGACAAGCAAUGGAAUUCGAGCGGAUGAGGCUGGUUAUCUUAAGAAUCCCGGCACUCAGGUGGAAGCUCAGGUGAUGCAGGGCUCAUACUCGUACACCGGACCCGAUGGCGUCGUCUAUACCAUCACCUACAUUGCCGAUGAGAAUGGAUACCGCGCCGAGGGCGCCCACAUACCAACACCGCCACCAGUUAACGCUCCCCGAGCUCCCGGAAGAUUCUUCAAGUAAUUCCGUAUCAGUGUUCUACGUAAUUCUUCAUCGUUAUGCUCAAGUUGGCAAUCGUGUCGUUGUGGGCCAGCCAAGUUGGCCAAAAAGAGAGGUGAACCAGAGGCAAACAGAGGAGAGUGAGAGCAGCUGCUCCUGAGAGGACCAUCAUCCCAUCCCAUCCAUUUUCCUCUUUUACCAAUUUUCCAAUAAUCCAACCCAUUCCCCUUCGUGCUUCAUUUGUGCAUUUCUACAACCAAUUAAGUUUCCAAUUUCCAAUCUACCACCUACUUAGUGCUAAAAAAACUGUGUGUGUGAGAUAAACAUUUGUAAAAUACGUAAAAUUGAUUGUUAAAUGUCAAACGGCAACGCAAGCUCAGCAAUAAAACGAAUAUUGCACAUGAAA